UUGAUUACAUAAGCACCGAUUCGGGAGCCUUAGUUCAACACCAAAAACGAACGGGAAAGAGAGGAGAAGAAAGAGGACAUCCAUCAACGACAAGUUUACGAUUCGCAACGCUUAAUUUGUUUGUCUCUGUCCUAACUCAGUUCGCUUGACGACUACGACAUGUCCAGUCCAACCACUACACCUGAUAUUUCAGGGCUUUCUAUCCACGACCAUCGCGCCAGCGACGGGUACGAUCAUCCGUUUUACUCCACCGUCCCAUCUCCCUAUUCGAUCGCGACGGGGGCUCAACCGCCCCUUGAUGUGCCAUUUAACAAUACUCUUGCUACCAUGGGCAACAAGUACGCUCGCACCGGGCUCCCCAGUCAUUGGCUCGAUCAACAAGCUACGAACAACACGCUGGAUACCCGUUCAAUCUCCCCGCCAACGGACAUCUCGUCGACGGGAAGUCCGCCUCCCCCCCAGCUUGUCAAUGCACCAAAUAUGGCACCUAGCGCUCAGCUUCCAGCCAAUUCUAUGGAAGAUGAGAUAAUCCCUACUGCAAUUGUAAUAAAAAAUAUCCCAUUCUCCGUCAAGAAGGAAACCCUGCUUGAAAUUAUUGCAUCUCUGUCAAUCCCCACACCCUAUGCUUUCAACUACCAUUUGGAUACGUCUGGCGCCUUUCGGGGCCUUGCAUUCGCGAAUUUUCGGCUUGCAGCUGACGCUGACGCUGUUGUUGCUGCCCUCAACGGUUUCGAGGUCCAAGGUCGCAAGCUCCGAGUGGAAUACAAGAAAGUGCUUCAAGCCGGAGAAAAGGAACGAAUUGAGCGAGAGAAGGCUCUCCGCCGCAUGCGUAGCAUGCAGUUAGAAAAAGAGAAAGAACGACUGGCUGUCAGUGUCAACGCCAAUUCUGACUUCGAAGAUUAUGGUGUCAUACAGCAAGCACAAUCUUUUCCGAUAGUACAGGGCCCCAUUGGCAGUGGUAUUGGAUUGGGUUAUCCUGGUAAUGACAACGGCGGGUCUACAUCACCUCGCAGUUUCAAUUCUGGACCAUUGAAUAAUUUCCCGUAUUCCUCGUCGGUACAAACUCAGCUUCCCAGCGUCGUGCCCCUCCCGUCACACUAUCUGCCUGUGCAGCGGCCGCCUCAACAGAUCCAAACUCCGCAGCUGCGAAUUUCUACUCCACCCUCGGGGACUCAGAACAGCAGCAAUUCACUUGACGGCAUGCUGCAGGAACAGUAUGCCCGAUCAUUUUCUCCUCCAUCUCACGCCUCUGCCUCUCCACCCAUCCAACCGUCCAGCAAUCUCCAGCCUAAGAACAGCGCGGAGCUUGAUUUGAAUGACCCUUCUACCCUGGAGAUAUAUUCGCGAAUUUUAGUUUUCAAAGAGGACCGAAUGAGGGACGAGUUGGCCUUCUCGCGUUCUCUCACGCCUAAACAACGUCGCGUAGUUCAUCUCGUCGCGCAGAAGUUGGGAGUGUAUCACUAUUCAGUUGGGGAGGGAGACGAACGUUAUGCAGUGGUCACUCGCAUUGAGAGAGAAAAUCGCCAAUCUUCCCAACGACAGGGUGAUGUGCAUACAUUAUCGAGGGCCCAGUCGACCUACUUGAAUCCAUCAGCGAUAGCAUCUCCUACCAGGACUGCUUCAGCGGCUCUCAGGGUGAAGAAGUCAAUGCCUGAUCUGGCAUCCCUCCAUACUCCUCCUCCACGACUCAACUCUCGGUCGUCGAACGGUAAUAUCAGAGAGGGAUACUCAGCCACUAUCUCCAGUCCUGGUCGUAGGGCUAAUAACGCGUCGUUUCGUGAUUUGUUCGGCACUGGUGGGAGUAAUACCACUAAUGGAGGCACAUCUAUCCCCCCUGUACCUACACUUCCUCCAUUGCCUAGUCACCUCGUCGACUCUUCCUCGUCAACAUCAUCUGGCGUAGUACGCCAACCCAGAGGUCCUGCGGGGAACCCCGGAUUUGGGUUGAGACGAACUAGUGACUUGGUUAGGACUGGAAACAACGGGAAUACCAAUGCCAUCAACGCCAGUGGUGCUAAUACCUCGGAUCAUUUAUCUCCUGGUGGUUUGGAUGCGAGAAGCCAUGAGCCGCUUGAACUGUAGAUCUAUUUCUUCAGUAUGCCUCGAACAUCUCGUUCCAAACUCGCGAUUGCCCAUUUUUCUGUAAAAUUCGUCAUGCAAGGGUGUUUGACGGCGAUGAUCCUCUCCUUCGUGCCUUUUUAAACAUUUGGCUUGUUAUGCGUUGUUUGUGUCGCAGGCAUGAAAUCCAAGUC